AGUUGUGAUAUCAUAAGAGUCAUAAAGUAGAAGUAAUAGAGAUGCUUUCCGCAAGUAUGACAUCAUUGUAACAUUAAAAGUGUUUUAUUAAGUUUAGAAAGGGAAGAAAUGGAUGACGCCUUUGCACGAAAUUUUCUUCAUUCUUUAGUUAGAUGCUUUGAUUUUGUGAACAAAAAUCUAAUGACCAUGUGAAAUCAUAUGAAAGUUAUCAAUAAAAGAAAAGGCAUAUGCCAUAUCAAGAACAGCCUUUAAUAAGUGUUAUAAAAUACCUUAUCACAAGACAAGUCUAAUUGACAGGCCAUCUAGUUAUUUUACUGCUUUUAAAGCGGGGAAGCAAUCUAGCGGUAAAUCUAAAGUCGCGAAAUCGACUCCCCGCUACUCAAUCUUCAAGAUUGUUUUAACAAAUCAUUCGUGUGGGAAUUCAUAAAACCUAGGAUCCGUGCAACUAAGCUCGUUAAAGAUGAUCCAUUAAAUGCUCUAGGACAAAAACGUAUUGGCUCCUGGUGCGAGUUGUCGUUGCGACUAUAAAUAAAAGUCAAUCACGAUUGAAGAAACCUCAAAGUCAGUAGCAAAGAGAAAUAUGCUUUUCAGUUUUGUUUAUUAAAUAAUUUUAAAAUUAGACAACUGAAAAGUUAUUUAAUGAUAAUUGAUGAAAAUGAUGAAAAAAGUUAAUUAAUUGAUGUAAUAAUAAAGUGAUAACAUGUUGCUGUUUUCAACAAUUCAAAUUUCAGGUUAAUCUUAUAAUUGUUGUCUUAGUGAUUCGGACCAUGUGCGGCACUACAGCAAUGUCAAAGAAAUCCAGCAAAGGGCGGGCAAAAGCAGCAUUACGUUGCAUAUUAGUGCUCAUGCCGCUGAUGGGUCUGACCUGGGGGUUUGGAGCAUUGUCUUUGAAUAGUGACACAAUUGCUUUCCAGUACUUAUUCGCUUUUCUCAACAGUUUCCAGGGACUGCUGAUCUUCAUAUUUCACUGCGUGAUGGACAAAAAGAUAAAAGAUGCAUUUUCCAAACAGAAACACAAGUGGCUUCAGUCGUCGCAGAGUUUCGGAGUAUCUGAAGGAAAGAGAAAUAAACACAAGAAACAUCUGAUUUUUGAAGACAGAAAAAGGGAUGACUUUAUCGAUUGA